UGUGUAUCAAGUAUGUGAAAUGGAUGUCCCGGGUGUGUGAAGUGCAUGUAUCAGGUGUGAUCAGAGGCAGUGCAGAGGUCUACCGUGGGAGGGGGUGUGAGGCCACCUGAGCCACAGUGGUCCCUCCUCCAGCCUGCAUCUCCAUGGCAACCACAGCCUCGCUCUCAGGCUUCAGCCCCUAACCCGCCCCGCCUGGUGGUGAAGCGUCUGGAACUGCAUCCUCUGCAUCCACACCGCAUCCCUGUCCUCCCGCGACUGCGUCCUGCAGCAACUGCCUGCUGGGACAAGGACCACCCUCCACCAUGGUGAAGCUAGGCUGCAGCUUCUCAGGGAAGCCAGGCAAGGAAACACGAAACCAGGAUGGGGCUACCAUGGACAAUGUUCCUCUCAUCAGCCCCCUGGAUGUCAGCCAGCUUCAGCCUUCAUUCUCUGACCAGGUGGUCAUCAAAACACAAACAGAAUAUCAGCUUACCUCUGCAGACCAGCCAAAGAAGUUCACAGAUUUGGAGGGUCAGAGGCUGGCUUGCAGCCACGCAGAGGAAGGACGCAGACUGCCCACCGCAAGGAUGAUCGCCUUUGCUAUGGCACUUCUGGGCUGUGUGCUGAUUAUGUACAAGGCCAUUUGGUAUGACCAGUUCACCUGCCCAGAUGGUUUCCUACUUCGGCACAAGAUCUGCACCCCACUGACCCUGGAGAUGUACUACACUGAGAUGGACCCGGAACGCCACCGCAGCAUCCUGGCAGCCAUCGGGGCCUAUCCACUGAGCCGCAAACACGGCACUGAGAUGCCCGCCGUCUGGGGAAACAGCUACCGGGCUGCAAAGGAGGAGCAUAAGGGCACCACCCCAGCUGUGAUGGCUGUGUCCACUUCAACAGCAGAUGCAGCAGCAGAGGGCACCGAGCCUUCAGAGAAGCCUUUGGACGUGAGAGAGAAAGAAGACCCACAGGAGGCAGAGGGCGUGCCAUCCCAGCCCCCCAAGUGACUGUCUGCCCCGCCCCCGCUCCACCAGUGACUUGGCAUCCCCCACCAGCUACUUUGACGUGCACACUGCCUGAUGCUUCUCCACCCAGUGACUGUGUUCCUGCCCCAAAACACCCCGCUGAAGUUCCCCUGUUGGCUCUGUUGCUUUUCUUUAAGUAAAGAUUCACAUCUA